GCUACACCGUCCUGCUGCCGCGUGGCACUCACGGGGUUAAACUGGAAGGUAACCUGGAAAGGUAACCAGGAAGGGUGCCACCUGCCGAGGGCUGGGCCGGGCGAGACAGCACAGGGGUGGGGCGAGCCCCUGGCCCCACCGCGCCGAGGACUACAGGGGCUUCCGGCCCACGGGGGACUCACUCUCGACCCCGACCCCUGGCUGCCUCCCCAGCACACCUGCCGGUGGCCCAGGCCUAGGGAAGCCUCCUCACUGAACCUGGAGGAAGCAGUCUCUGAACUACUUCCCAAACUGUAUGUGCAUUAACAGAAAUGGAUCGGUACAGAUAUUUCAUAUUCAAUCAGAAGAGUAUGGUCGUGUUGGGGCUCUUGCAGAUAGCCUGUUCUGCGGUGUGCCUCAUCACGGGAGUAAUCGAUGGUGCUCACAGAAGGGAGUCGGCACUGAGUAAAUCUAGGACACCAAUUUGGGCUGGUGUGUUCAUGAGUAUUCCUGGAAUUAUGGCAUUGCUUUCUUCUCAGAGGAAGAAUCCAAUUCUGGUACAUGCAAUGAUCAUUGCUUCUGUGUUUUCCUGUUUUACAACUCUAAUUGUAAUUGUCUAUGCCUCUAUAACAUUAGAAUAUGGUGAAAAAUAUAAAGGGUUCGAUGGUGUGACUCAUCAUCCAACCAUAGUAUUUGUACUUGACAAACUUGUAGAGGGAGCUAAUAUCACACUGCUGGUAACAUCUAUUUUUAGUGGUUGUAUUGUGCUGAUUAUUGCUUAUCUGAGUUGCCGAAGUCUUCCAUGUUGUGCAUGUUAUGACAGCGUCACUGGUUUUGAAUGGCUACAAUCUAAUGAAGACCAGCUGCAAACAUCGGAGUUAGUUUGUAUUUCAUCUGGCCAAAUGGAUAGUAUUUUUAACUCACCAGUGAAACUUCAAGAUGUAAAUGUGGAACCGGAUGAUGAAGAAACCAAACCUCCUCCAUAUAUCAGAAUGACUUAAAAACAGAAUUUCUGCAAGGACACAUUUAAAAUGUGUCUUCUAAGAAUGUUAAUAAGAAUAUUAUCGAAAAGGCUAUACAAUUCUUUAAAAGAAAACUAUAAUUCUUUGAACUAGCACUCUUGAACAAAAGAGCCUGAAAAUUUCAAGAUGGUCACCAAGUUCCUUGCAACAAAGACACCUCAUCCCAACCUUCUGUUUAUUUUCAAUUUUGUUCUAUAAUGUUUACAUAUGAGAUAUGUUGUGUAAUAGAUUUAUAAUAAUCUUUAAUAAAAUAAUAUGA